UUAUUUUGAGUAAGUACUGACAACUAAAAUGAACAGGUGGGAGUAUAUAACUUCAGGUAGAGUUCUCCAAAUCACAAAUGAAGAGAAGGGCCAAAAGGAGGUGAAAAUUCAACUAGAAUGGAAAAUUAUUUGCAAAAUCCUAUCCUUGUAUCUUUCUUACUACUUUUAUCACUAAAUUAUUCUUAUUUAAUUGUUUCAAAGUUCCCAAAAGGCAUCCCAAGAAUACUUGCACUAGCACCAAUUUUUUACCUAUUGUAUUUUUUUCCUUGGUGUUUCUCACUUGCAUUCCUUAGAGGCAUUUUGUCUUUAUUUAUUACUUGGAUGACUUCUUUCAAACUUAUUCUCUUUUGUUUCAAUAGAGGUCCUCUUUCAAUUUGCGAAAAUACCAUUGAUUUUAUACUCAUUUCCAUUUUACCACUCAAAAUUUCUAGGGAAGUCCAUCAAAAAUAUGAGAUUUCCAACGAAAAGUCCAUUGAAAAAAUUAAAGAUGAGUCAAUUUCUGACGGAUCUCCCUCUAAAAUUUCCAAUAGUAGUAUAUACGAAAGGUAUGAGAUGGAGGAGAUUUUUAGGCAGCCGUAUUUAGCUACGACUUUUCAAGAUUUCUGGGGCAGGAGAUGGAAUCGAUACGCAUCAAAGAUGUUAAGGUUAACUAUUUAUGAUCCAACUAAUGAAGCUCUGAGGAAGUUUUUGGGUAAAAAUACAGCAAGAAUAUUGGCUAUUGUGAGUACAUUUGUGGUAUCAGCUAUAAUGCAUGAGCUAAUGUUUUACUAUAUUACAUGUGGUUUAUGUUUAAAACCUACAUGCGAAGUGAUGUGGUUUUUUGUAUUGCAAGGAAUUUGCAUCUCUUGUGAAAAGGUCUUCCAAGCAAAGAAUUGGGUAAUUAUGGAUCCAAGAGUUUCAAUAUUAUUCAAACGUAUUCUCAUGGUUUUCUCAUUCUACUUUUUGCUGGUAUCACCAGUAAUGAGGGAAGGAAAAAAUACAUGUGAUUAGGGUAGAAGGUUAGUAGGUAGCGGUGUGUUAUCUUGUUGUCCUUUCAUAUUAGUAAUCAUAGUAAUACUUCCGUAGCUUCUUGUCCUUAGAUUUAUGUUACUAUCUAUUGUUUCUUGUGCCUCGAUUAGUGUAUCGUUGUGUUGUAGUUUUCUGUUACUAUCUAGAAUCUUCUGUUUCUGUUA